UCCCUAUCGGUUAAAAAAUGAACUGAGAAGCAGACGAAAGUUUAAUGACGUUAAAUUAAUAAAUAUAAGGUCCAGACGUUAACCGUUUGUAAAUUAAUAUAUAUUUUUAAAAUUUAUAACAAUUCAAUCUUAUAUUUAAGUUUAUGUAAUUACUUCUUCCAACAUUGUUUGUUGACUUAGUGAGCAAAGAUGGCGUCGAUGCAGAAACGGCUCCAGAAAGAGUUAAUGGCCAUACAGAAGGAACCACCACCCGGUGUUAGCGUCAAUCCAAACAAUAUCGGUCCAAAUCUAACCCAAUGGGUGGUGGACAUGGAAGGUGCUGCAGGGACCCUUUACGAGGGCGAAAAGUUCCAAUUAUUAUUUAAAUUUAGUCAGAAAUAUCCAUUCGAUUCACCAGAAGUCACUUUCAUUGGGCCAAAUAUUCCCGUACAUCCGCACGUCUACAGCAACGGUCAUAUUUGUCUAUCGAUUUUGACAGAGGACUGGUCACCCGCUCUCUCGGUACAAUCCGUGUGCCUCAGUAUUGUUUCUAUGUUGUCCAGUUGCAAAGAAAAGAAACGUCCACCCGACAAUUCCUUGUACGUGAAAACGUGUAGUAAAAAUCCCAAGAAAACGAAGUGGUGGUAUCACGAUGAUUCCGUCUGACAUCAAAGAAUUUAGGCAUUGCGAGAGAUUCCAUGUGGCACCAACACCGAAAAGUCAAAAAAAGUAAAAGUAUAUAUAUAUAUAUGGACGAUAAUUUUUUUAUUUGAGUCACUGGCACCAGCAAAAUCUGUUACCAAAGUUUUAUUUCUUCAUCGGUUUUUGUCUUUUUAUUAUUACAUUGUUCUUUUAAAAAAUAAAACAGAGAACACGUGUAUGUUUACUGUACUGCUAAAAAAACGGUGAUAAAAUUUCUGUAUUGCUGGACAACUGGCGAUAAAGUUAGCUGUAUUGCUGGAAAACGCUGAUGAAAAAUUGGUAUUGCUGGAAAGCUGGCAAUAAGGUUUUGCUGUAUUGCUGGAAAACGGGGACGAUGAAAUUGCUGUGUUGCUGGAAAACCGGCGAUAAAGUUACUGUAUUGCUGAAAAACCGAUAAAAAAUCCGAUUGCUUUAUGGACAAUUUUUUUUUUGCGACAGCGCACCCUCUGGGGGCAAAAAACCAAGUUUUUUGUUUGUUUUCGCACUUCGCGUCCCUUUUAUGAAGUUUUAUUAUUGUUUACUCUCGACACGAGAGAAUUAAAAUUAAAAAAAAAACAGCACUUACAAUUGUAUAAUUCACUCUCAAUUGCUUCAAAGAUUCCUAAUUCCAUCGUAAUUUGUGGAUUCAAAAAUAAGAAAAGGUU